AUGACCAAGACGCUUCACGAACGAUUCCUCCAGGAAAAGACGGCGGCCAUCGUCGGCUGCCCCUUCUCGGGCGGCCAGCGCCGCAAGGGAGUCGACACGGGUCCCAUCUCGCUCGUGUCGGCGGGCAUCUGCGAGCAGCUCGAGUCGCUCGGCUGGAAGGUCGAGUUUGACGGCCACCACUCGUUUGACCACAUCAACGACAAGAUCGCCACGGACACCGACAUUGGCAACAUGAAGCUGCCGCGCACGGUCUCGGCGGUGACGCAGGAGGUGGCCGCCACGGUCGAGUCGCAUGCCAAGCAGGGCAAGCUGCCCCUCACGCUCGGUGGUGACCACAGCCUUGCGCUCGGCACCGUCACGGGCACGCUGCGUGCUCACCCGGAUGCGGCGCUCAUCUGGAUCGAUGCCCACGCCGACAUCAACACGCCCGACACCACCGAGUCCGGCAACCUACACGGCUGCCCCGUCUCGUUCCUGCUGGGCCUGGAGGGUACGGAUGUGGAGCCGUUCAACUCGUGGGUGCCCAAGAAGCCGCUGCUGCGCCCCGAGAGCCUGGUGUACAUCGGCCUGCGCGACAUCGACGCGGGAGAGCGCAGGAUCCUCAAGCAGCACAACAUCAAGGCGUACAGCAUGCACCACGUCGACAAGUACGGCAUCGGUCGCGUCGUCGAGAUGGCGCUCGACCACGUCAACGGCGCACCGGGCAAGCGCGAUCGUCCCGUCCACCUGUCGUUUGACGUGGAUGCGCUCGACCCCAGCGUGGCUCCUAGCACGGGCACGCCGGUGCGCGGCGGCCUCACCUUCCGCGAGGGCCACUACAUCUGCGAGGCGCUCUACGAGACUGGAUGCCUCGUCGCCCUCGACCUCAUGGAGGUCAACCCUUCGCUGCUCGAGGACCGCGAGGCCCAGCAGACGAUCGCGGUCGGAUGCUCGCUCAUCCGCUCCGCCAUGGGCGAGACCCUCCUCUAG